ACACCGUACAUAUCAUACUCAACUUGUCUCUUCCAGUUUUUUAUAUUUUAUACACUAGGUGGAGCAGAGUUUAUUCUGUUGGCAGUCAUGGCUUUUGACAGAUAUGUGUCAAUAUGUAAGCCUCUGAGAUAUCACACUAUUAUGACAAAAAAUGCAGUGAAUAUUUUUCUAAUUUUUGUCUGGUUUUUUCCUGCAUGUCAUAUUACAGUAACAACAGUUCUAAUUGCUAAAGCUAAGAUAUGUAACUUAUCUUUGAAUGGAAUAAUUUGUAACAAUGCAGUUUUCACACUUCAGUGUGUCAGAUCAAAACCACUGACUGUAUUUGGGCUUAUUUCUUUAAUAGACCUUGUAAUAUUUCCAAUGCUCUUCAUAGUUUUUACAUAUGCAAUUAUAUUUAUGAAAGCUUGUCAAAAUUUUAAAACAUUCAGUAGAAAAGCUGCUGAAACCUGUAUACCUCAUUUGCUAGUUUUAUUCAGCAGCUCUUAUUUAGUUGCAUACGAUGUAAUUAUAGCUCGUGUUGAAUCAGAGUUUCCUAAAACUGUUCGCUUUUUAAUGACAUUACAAUUAUUUUUGUAUCAACCUUUGAUUAAUCCAUUUAUAUAUGGACUAAAAAUGAAAGGAAUUUCUAAAGGUCUAAGACUUUUGUUAUAA